AUGAGUUCAUUGGCAGCUGCGCGCUACGGCAAGGACAAUGUCCGCGUCUACAAGGUGCACCGAGAUGAGAAGACCGGCGUCCAGACUGUGGUGGAAAUGACCGUCUGUGUUCUUCUGGAGGGUGACAUCGAGACAUCCUACACCCGGGCUGAUAACAGCGUCGUCGUCGCAACAGACUCUAUCAAGAACACCAUCUAUAUCACAGCCAAGCAGAACCCCGUCACUCCCCCGGAGCUUUUCGGCUCCAUUCUGGGAACACACUUCAUCGAGAAGUAUAGCCACAUCCAUGCGGCCCACGUUAACAUCGUGACCCACCGCUGGGAGCGCAUGAGCGUUGACGGCAAGCCGCACCCGCACUCAUUCGUCAAGCCUGGCGCGGAAACCCGCAACGUCCAGGUCGACGUCACCGAGGGCAAGGGCAUUGAUAUCAACUCCUCCAUUGGAGGUUUGACCGUGCUGAAGAGCACCGGCUCCCAAUUCUGGGGCUUCCUCCGCGACGAGUACACUACCCUCAAGGAGACUUGGGAUCGCAUUCUCAGCACUGAUGUCGCUGCCAACUGGCAGUGGCGCCGCUUCACCGGCCUUCCGGAGGUGAAGGCACACUUUGAGAAGUUCAAUGCCGCGUACGAUGCUGCGCGCGCAAUUACUCUCAAGACAUUCGCGGAAGAUAACAGCGCCUCAGUCCAGGCUACUAUGUACAAGAUGGCAGAUUUGAUUCUUGUUGCUGCGCCUCUUGUGGAUACCGUUGAGUAUGAGCUGCCCAAUAAGCACUACUUUGAAGUUGAUCUCAGCUGGCACAAGGGACUCAAGAACACCGGCAAGGAUGCCGAGGUUUACGCGCCCCAAUCUAACCCUAACGGUCUUAUCAAGUGCACCGUUGGCCGCGCCAGUCAGAAAGCUAAGCUGUAA